CCUCUUCCUCUUGCGGCACAUUUCAUUUAAAUUAGCUGGUAACGUUAGUAUUCGUCAGCUAGUAUCUUCGAUACGAAUGAAACUGAACUGGUGCAGUUUUUCUUUUGCGCUUUCUUGCUAACGUCAGUUUUGUAUGUUUCGCUGCCCUGCAAAGCCAUGAUGCGAGUAAUGUUGAUUAUUUUUACUUUGGCCUUUCUGGUUUGCGUCCAGGGGGCCACACUGGUAAGUAACCCACCCUCACCUGUAAAUGACGGCACAACCCAGCAGGGCACGCCCUCCACCAAGCAGGACAAGCCCCUCACCAAGCAGGACACGCCCCUCACCAAGCAGGACACGCCCCCGGCCAAGCAGGACACGCCCCCGACCACGCAGGACACGCCCCAGGCCAAGCCGGAUACGCCCCCGGACACGCCCCCGGACAAGCUAGACACGCCCACGAUCAAGCAGGACACACCCUCGACCAAGCAGGACACACCCCCGACCAAGCAGAACGUGGGCACUGCAGUACAGCUGGAUGCUGGAACCCUGCCAGACGCCCAGCCAGACGCACGGGUCCAGCCAGACGCAGGGGGCAAGCCAGAUGCCCAGCCAGACGCAGGGGCCCAGCCAGACGCCCAGCCAGACGCACGGGUCCAGCCAGACGCAGGGGGCAAGCCAGACGCCCAGCCAGACGCAGGGGCCCAGCCGGACGCAGAGGCCCAGCCGGACGCAGGGGCCCAGCCGGACACAGGGGCCAACCCAGAUGCCCAGCCAGACGCCCAGCCAGAUGCAGGGGCCCAGCCUGACGCAGGAGCCCAGCCUGACGCAGGAGCCCAGCCGGACGCAGGAGCCCAGCCGGACGCAGGAGCCCAGCCGGACGCAGGAGCCCAGCCGGACGCAGGCGCCCAGCCUGACGUCGAGACCCAGACGGAUGCAGAGACCCAGCCGGAUGCCCAGCCGGAUGCCCAGCCGGACGCAGAGGCCCAGCCAGACGGGGACACAAAGCAGUCUAAAGGAGGUACACUUACAGAUGGGGAUGACGGGGACGACGAUGAUGAUGUGGGAGAUGAUGCUGUGGAUACUGAUGUUGGAGCUAAUGACCCCUCCAAGGAGGUACCAAGGCCAAGACAAGAAGUCCCAACCAUCCCUCGAGAAGAAGAAGCAGAAAGCAGCCACUUCUUUGCUUAUUUGGUGUGCACAGCUGUGUUGGUGGCUGUGCUGUACAUUGGAUACCACAACAAACGCAAGAUAUUUGCCUAUGUUGUGGAGGGAAGGAGGUCAAGAAGUUCACGUCGGCCCAAAGCUGCAGAGUACCAGAAGUUGGAGCAGAACAUGUGAAAGUUGCCUUGAAAACACAGACAACAUUGACAAUGCAGAGGACGAAUUGAGAAGCAGAGAAGUAAAUGGACAGGAUUUCCCUUUGAUUUAAAGAACAUAUUGAUUUUAUUUUUGAAAUGAUAUAUUGCUUUAUUUUUAUCCGUUUUUCUUUUGUUUGGCAACAUUUGCUUGUGCUGCAUUUGUCAUUUAAAAAAAAAAAUGUUUUUAAAAAGGAGAACAUCUUAAUAUUUUUUUUUGUUCCUGGAAGCUUGUUGCAUGCCUAUUCAGAGAGUAAAAUGGCCUCACAUUAGGGACUUGUACGAAGGAAAAAGAAGCAUGCCUCUGCCUGCACUUCAUAUUUUAACGUGCUGCUGUAAGGCCUCUGCAGCUUGUCACUUUACUGUUGGUGAAAUUACCGACUACCUGAAGAUACUGACUCAGGAUACUUUUUGAACUCCAGAGGAAAUCAUACACUUUGACCAAGAUGCCUAAGGUUGAUGAAUGUAAGGUGGUAGUUCUCCCUUUGGUGAGAUCUCAAAAGCCACUCAAAAGCCAUGUUAAUUGUAGUGAGAGUGAAACUAGAAAAUAUGUCUGAGGCACAUGAUAAUUGUUAAUGUUGAACAUGUUAAAGGUGUUAAUUGUAAAGGCGUUCUAAGGUUUUUCUUUUUUUUCUUGGUGGGGUGGUGAGGGGGUUAUUUGUCAUUGUUAAUUUGUGACCUGUGGAGUGAUUCAAAACUGUAUAUGGAUUACAGGCGUAACGCCCAAUUAACCCUGAUUUUAAUUUACUGUCAGGACAGGCAGGUGGAGAAUUUGGAAACAUUUUGGUUCAGUUGUGUAAUUGAAUUUUAAUUUAAUUGUAGGACCACACAUGGCGUACUGGGUGCUGCUGUGGUGUGCCAAAUGUAGUGAAAAUGUGACUGCUCCAUUUUAUUUAUGUCCAGCACUUUAUGCUUUAAGAAGGGUAUUUAAUUGACUAUAGAAAUUCAGGUAUUAUGAGAAGUCUGUUAAUGAAAUAUUUACAUGAAGAUUAAGAUUCUCAAGAUGGUUCCUGCAGUGGUUGUUCACUAUUGGUCCAAACAAUAUAUUUAUAUUAUGUUCCAGUGUCUGCAUUUAACUGUACAGGAUAUCUACAAAGCUAACUUCAAAAAUCAAAGGUUGAAACCAAUUAAAAUAUGCUCUGCUGUAGGUCAGAAUGUAUAGUAAAUGGGGAAAAUGGUAUUUGGUUUUGUUUGGACAGAGGUUUUUGGUCCAAUGUUGGAGCAAAUGUAUACUUAAAUUGAAUACUUUUAUACAGCUGGCCAUGCUAUGGGUUUGCCACUUCUAUUAUGUAAUAUUUCAAGAACAUUGUUCACUAUUUGUCAGUUUUCUGUGGUGGAAGACAAUUUUGAAUAAAUCAAAUUAUUCAA